AGGGAGGAGGCCUACAAUGGCUCAAAUUACUGCCUAUGUCGAGUAUUUUGGUCAAUUCACAUCAGAACAAUUUCCUGAUGACAUAGCAGAGCUGAUCCGAAGCCAAUAUCCAUCCAAGGAAAACCGACUUUUUGAUGAAGUUUUAGCAACAUUUGUUCUCCACCAUCCAGAGCAUGGUCAGGCUGUUAUUCUUCCUAUUAUUUCAUGCAUUAUUGAUGGUACUCUAGAAUACAAUAGGAGUGGUUACCCAUUCGCUUCUUUCAUCUCUUUGGUCUGCCCCAGCAGUGAGAAUGAGUAUUCUGAGCAUUGGGCACUUGCAUGUGGGGAGAUCUUACGAAUUUUGACUCAUUAUAACCGCCCAAUUUACAACAUUGAACGUCACGACAAUGAAGCAGAUAGAAUUAACAGGGUGACCCAUGCUUCAACAAGUAAACUCGUGGAUGGAAAACCUUCUUUGCCUUCUGUACAACAAGAAAGAAAAACUAUGAGGCCACUGUCUCCCUGGAUUACUGAUAUAUUGCUUGCAGCACCUCUAGAAAUUAGAAGUGAUUACUUCCGCUGGUAUAAGGUGGUUAACAACAUUUUAGAAGCAUCACUGGCUCAACACCAUGUUAAUCUAUUGCUUUUACUCAGGUAUUACUCGAUUGCUAGUCCAAGUGCCACUCAAAGGCUGCUCCUUGGACUUCUAGAAGCUCCACCAUCCUGGGCUCCUGAUGCACUUGAUGCUGCUGUACAACUUGUGGAACUCCUUCGCGCAGCAGAAGAUUAUGCCUCAGGAACAAGGCUUCCAAGAAACUGGAUGCAUUUGCAUUUCUUGCGUGCAAUUGGGAUUGCAAUGUCAAUGAGAGCAGGAAUUGCUGCAGAUGCUGCAGCUGCUUUGCUUUUCCGAAUACUUGCUCAACCUGCUUUGCUGUUUCCUCCAUUGAGACAAGUUGAUGGUGUAGAAGUUCAACAUGAACCACUUGGCGGUUACAUUUCAUGUGAACGUAAGCAGAAAGAAGUACCUGCAAUGGAAGCUACAACUGAAGCUACUGCCCAAGGGAUUGCAUCAAUGCUUUGUGCCCAUGGCCCCGAAGUUGAAUGGAGAAUAUGUACCAUAUGGGAAGCUGCUUAUGGUUUGAUUCCUCUAAGUUCCUCUGCCAUUGAUCUUCCUGAAAUCAUUGUCGCAACACCUUUACAGCCUCCUAUAUUAUCAUGGAAUUUGUAUAUUCCUCUUCUUAAAGUCCUUGAGUAUCUUCCUCGUGGAAGCCCUUCUGAAACAUGUCUCAUGAAGAUAUUUGCUGCCACCGUUGAAGCAAUUCUUCAGAGGACGUUUCCACCUGAGUCUUCUAGAGAACAAAUCAGAAAAGCAAGAUACGAAUUUGGGUCUGCAUCCAAGAAUCUUGCUGUGGCCGAGCUCCGUACGAUGGUUCACUCACUAUUUUUGGAGUCAUAUGCCUCUGUAGAGCUUGCCUCUCGGCUUCUUUUCAUAGUGUUAACUGUCUGUGUCAGUCAUGAAGCACAGCUGAGCAGAAGAAAGCAACCUAAAGGUGAAGAUCGAAACAUUUCUGAAGAACUAAUGGACGACUCACAAGAAGCCACCAGAAAACAAAGAGACAUGGCAAAUAAACGGUCGAAAAAACUGGGGCCCGUUGCUGCAUUUGAUUCUUAUGUUAUUGCUGCAGUUUGUGCACUAUCCUGUGAACUUCAGCUCUUCCCCUUGAUUUUGAAAGGGGGCAAUCAUUUAGGUGCCAGAAAUAUAUGUGAUGUAGAUAAACCUGCAAAAGUAAGUGAUCCACCCAGUGACUUACGAAAUGGUAUCGACUCUGCUGUUUAUCACACUCGUCGAUUAUUGACAAUUCUAGAGGCACUUUUUUCUUUGAAGCCAUCUUCUAUAAGCACGUCAUGGAGUUACAGUUCAAAUGAAAUAGUGGCUGCUGCUAUGGUUGCAGCUCAUGUUUCGGAUCUUUUUAGAUGUUCGAAGGCUUGCAUGAAUGCUCUUUCCAUCUUGAUCAGAUGCAAGUGGGAUAAUGGAAUUUACUCUCGGGCAUCUUCCCUUUUCAACCUCAUUGAUAUUCAUAGCAAGGCUGUUGUAUCCAUUGUCAAUAAAGCAGAACCAUUAGAAGCACACCUACGGCACACCCCUGUUUGGAAGGAAACAACUUUGUGUGUUAAUGGGAAAAAACGUACUACAAGUACUAGCAGUAGACUGCAGUGUGAAAACUUGCCUUGUACAGAAAAUCUACUAAAAUGUGAGAAGUCUUCCUACUCUGGUGAGGAUGACAGGUGUAUAGCGGGCAAAGGAAUUGCGAGUUUCCCAAUAGAUGCUUCAGAUUUGGCAAACUUUUUGACAAUGCACAGGCAUAUAAGUUUUAGUUGCAGCGGGCAAGUUCUUAGGUGUGUCCUGACAGAGAAACAAGAAUUAUGUUUUUCAGUCGUUUCAUUGCUCUGGCAAAAAUUGAUUGCAUCACCUGAAACACAACCGAGUGUUGAAAGUACUUCUGCACAGCAAGGAUGGAGGCAGGUGGUUGAUGCACUCUGUAAUGUAGUAUCAGCAUCACCGGCAAAAGCUGCAACAGCUGUUGUUCUUCAGGCGGAGAGGGAAUUGAAGCCAUGGAUUGCUAAAGAUGAUGAUCUUGGUCAAAAGAUGUGGAGGAUCAACCAAAGAAUCGUAAAAGUGAUUGUGGAGUUGAUGAGAAAUCAUGAAGCACUGGAAUCUUUGGUAAUACUUGCGAGCGCAUCCGACCUCCUCCUACGGGCCACAGACGGGAUGCUUGUUGAUGGAGAAGCAUGCACUUUACCACAGCUGGAGCUGUUGGAAGUAACCGCUAGAGCAGUUCAACCAGUGCUCGAGUGGGGAGAAUCAGGAUUGGCAGUCGCAGAUGGCCUUUCAAACCUGUUGAAGUGUCGACUACCUGCUACAGUUCGCUGUAUUUCUCAUCCAAGCGCUCAUGUUCGAGCUCUUAGUACUUCAGUUCUUCGAGCUAUUCUACAUGCCUGUUCAAUGAAAUCGAGCAGCAAACAAGAGGAUAUAAAUGGCAUUAGCAAUCCACCUUAUCUGUAUCUAAACGUGGGCGUUAGCGACUGGCGAGCAGAUAUUGGAAAGUGUUUGACGUGGGAAGCUCAUAGUCGACUUGCGACUGGCCUGCCUAUAAUGUUUCUUGAAAAUGCUGCAAAGGAAUUAGGCUGUACUAUAUCCAUUUGAAACCACCUUAAAUACCAGACUUUCUGAGUAUGUUUUGUCUUUCAUUGCAAGAGUAAAAACACGACAAUUACUGGAAUUCUAUGAUUUUCGUAUUGGUCAAAUACUGAUAUGAGUUUAUCUUCUAAUUUCUGCUAAUGACAAUUAUACGUGUCUAACAUUAAAAUUUGUUCGAUCUUGAAUGGUGAAUCGACUUCAAAUAGUCUCAA